AUGCGUGAGAAUGAUCUAAGUAUGAAACCAAUAGUAUUUGCUGCUAUACUGAAUAAAUCUUGUCAAUCAUACGAACAAGUACUACGUUCAUUAGUUUCAUAUGUUGAAAGUUUAAAUGUUAAAUUAAAGCCAAAAUCAGCCCUCAUAGAUUUUGAACAAGUUAAACUUUUUAAAGAUGAACAAGCGCAACAACAAUUAGCUAAUCUACUAUCAUUACCAUUAAUGCCACCAGAAGAAGUAACUGGUUCAUAUUGUCAUAUUGUUAAGGAUUCAGUAAUAUGGAUUAUAAACUAUUUAAGUGAACAGAUUAUGAUUUUGAGAAAUCAUACUGAAUGCGAGAUAUCCUAUCGAAAACUGGAAUCAUUUUAA